AGCAAUGCAAUGUCAAUCAAUGUCAAUUUUUUUUUUGUUUUUACAUUGUCUUUUGAUUUGGUCUUUUUACCAUUCUUUUUAAAUAGUAACUAUCUAUGUAUUUACAAUAAGUUUCGCAUAGGUAAGGUAUUGUGAGAGUAUCGGAAAUAAAAGACUGAACUGGAAGAUAUAAACCUUCCACUAUGUCUGAGAAAAUAGGUUUCGACGAACUUCGGAUCAAAUACAAGGAUGUCCUCUCCAAAGCUUUCGCGAACAAUAACAUGGACUUACUGGACUCAUUUUCGAAGAAUGUUAACGAAACGGAUAGAAAAGCAGCAAUGGACCAAGCGUUCCGUGACAAACUUCUCGAGUUACUCAUAGAAGAACCUGAGACUUUGGAAAAUUACGUCUGUUUCUGCAUAGAGUCGUGUAGACGACAGAUGGUGACGCCUACCAUGCCUGUAGUUCUUCUCGGAGAUAUUUUUGACGCGCUCACCCUUAAUAAAUGCGAAAAAAUGUUCACUUACGUCGAAAAUGGUGUAAAUAUCUGGCGGGAAGACCUAUUCUUUGUCGCUUGUAAGAAUAACUUGCUUAGAAUGUGCAAUGAUUUGCUGAGACGGUUGUCUAGAUCACAAAACACUGUAUUUUGUGGAAGGAUAUUGUUAUUCCUUGCAAAAUUCUUUCCUUUUUCGGAACGUUCAGGACUUAAUAUUGUCUCUGAGUUCAAUCUUGAAAAUGUGACUGAGUUUGGCGGUGACAAUUCUAGUACGUUAAAAGACGCCUUGGAUGAGGAGAUGGUUAUAGAUGAAGAGAAAAACAAACACACAAUAGAUUACAACUUGUACUGCAGGUUUUGGAGCUUGCAAGACUUUUUCAGGAAUCCAAAUACAUGCUACAACAAAAUUCAGUGGAAAACAUUUGUUGCACAUUCUGGCAGUGUACUAUCAGCCUUCUCAUCUUACAAGCUCGAAGCUGUUGAGCUACAGAAAUCUAAGCUGAAUAGACUCAAGACGUACAAUACAGAUAUGGAAACGCAGGAGAGCAAAGAGCAACACUACUUUGCCAAAUUUCUGACCAAUCAGAAGCUUCUGGAAUUGCAGUUGUCCGAUUCAAACUUCAGAAGAUGUGUCCUCAUACAGUUUUUGAUAUUAUUUCAAUACUUGACAUCUACAGUUAAGUUUAAAAUGGAAUCCCAAGAACUAAAAUCUGACCAGCAAGAGUGGUUGAAGGAAACCACAUCAUUGAUAUACAGACUACUGGGUGAAACUCCACCCGACGGGAAGCAGUUUGCAGAGUGUGUUAAAAGCAUACUCAAGAGAGAGGAACAUUGGAACAGCUGGAAAAAUGAUGGCUGCCCAGAAUUUCAAAAACCCAAGCCGCCAGUUCAAUCUGAGAGCACUGAAGAAGUGAGAAAAACCAAGAAAAGACGGCGACCAGUUGGUGACAUAAUCAAAGAAUAUGAGGCUCAAGAUAAAUUCUUUAUGGGAAACAAUGAGCUCACAAAGUUGUGGAACCUAGCUCCAGACAACUUGGCCGCUUGUCGGACGAAGGAAAGGGAUUUUAUGCCUUCAUUAGAGUCGUACAUGCUGAGUGGUACGGGCGCGGCUGCGACGGACGGCACGGGCGGCUGGGCGUGGCGCGCGCUGCGCCUGCUGGCGCGCCGCUCGCCACACUUCUUCGUGCACACGAACAACCCCAUCGGACGACUGCCCGACUAUCUCGAGGACAUGGUGAAGCGAAUAUCCCGCGAGGCAGCCGCCAAUGCCGCGUCGAAUAACUCGAACGGAGACAGCAGUAGCGAAAAAGCUAUUAAACAGGAGCCUACCGAUGAAGAAAUGUGUGAGGAGCAAAUAGAAACCGACAUCAUCAAAGAAGAAGAUGCGGCCGACAUGGAUGCUGUGACAGAUCCAACUCAAACAGGCGAAGACGACGAAAAAACAACUCGCUCCAGAGUAACCAUGAUAACCCCAUCACAGCUCGACGUUUUAGCCGCCAAGCUGACCGAUUGGAAGAAGCUAGCCGCUAAGCUAGGCUACAGACCCGAUGAAAUACAAUUCUUCGAAACAGAAAACGCCACAGAUGCUAGCAGGGCAAAGAACAUGCUCACACUUUGGUUCGAUGACGACGAAGACGCCUCUGUCGAGAACCUACUCUAUAUCAUGGAAGGUUUAAAGAUGGCCGACGCUUGCGAAGCAUUGAGAAGCGUAAUGUGACGAUCGGCCAAAAAGCAUUGUAAAUUGAAAAAGGAGAAGCAUUUACAUUCUUUGAAGAAGUUAUUUUAAGUGUCUAUUUUUGGGAACGAAUGUACUGAUUUGUAAGAACCUAAAUUAUUAAGGUCAAGUGAAGUACCUAUUCAUAUGAACAAAUUUUUUUUUGUGACUUAAGCUACCUUGUUGCCAUAAUAUUCUAAGCUCAAAGCUAGGCUAAUUCUUUGAGACAGAAAACGCCACAGAUGCUAGCAGGGCCAAGAACAUGCUCACACUUUGGUUCGACGACGACGAAGACGCCUCUGUGGAGAACCUACUCUUUAUCAUGGAAUGCUUAAAGAUUGCCGACGCUUGUAAAGCAUUGAGAAGCGUUAUGUGACGGCCGGUCAAAAAGCAUUGUAAAUUGAAAAAGGAGAAGAAUUUGCAUCCUUUGAAGAAGUUAUUUUAAGUGUCUAUUUUUGCGAACGAAAGUACUGAUUUGCAUGAAGUCUUAGUUAAAUAAUAAAUGUCAAAUGAAGUGUGAACUAA